AUGCAGUCCCCAUUUCCUUUCGACCAGAUCAAUAACGAUCCUAGACUGCAGGCGCUAUGGAACGAUCCCGAUGUUGUAAUAUAUACCAAGGAUCAGCACUUCGGCCUCGUGGAAAAUGAUAGGGUCCUCAGCAAGACAUUCCCUGGAGCCGAGCGAUUUCUCUACCCUUUCACUAGUCGAGUAAUCUCCGAUAUCUGCCAAUCGUCGUAUCACAACGAAGAUCCCGACUCAAUUCGCCUCGAAUGUCACAACCAGGCGUCUUUUGCACGUCACGAUCAGGAGCGCGACAAGGAGACGGACACCGAACGCAUCCCCGACGGCGCCGUGUUUGCCUUCAACCGCAAAACGGGUGAGCUUAUUCUACUCUUCUGGGUUGAGGCGAAACGUCUAGUUUCGCCGGAUUGGGACCAUGCGCUCGCGAUUUCGGAAGCCAUCGAAACUGUGCAAUCGUCCAUUCCACAGCUACGGGACCAGGCUGCUCACGCCUUCCGCUAUUACCCUAAUAUCUCCGGCACGUACAAUGCUUUCCUUCAUGCCGGGCCCUUCUGGACGCACUUCGAAUUCUCGCAAGGGAUGGAAUUGAUGGCUACUAGUAUGAUCAACCAGUAUGUGUCCCAAGGAAGUACGACGAUCGAUACUCAGGAGGACUCGGAUGACUCCCGUCCCCGAAAACGGGCUAGGAAGGAACCUCUAAAGCGUACGACUUUUGAUCUUGUUUUCCCUAAGGUCACCUUCUGCAAUGUGCGUAUCGUGGACUCUGAGAGGAAAGAGUACAACCCACUCUUUCUCAAAGUCAUCAACGAUGUUUUGUCCGAGAAUGGGUUCUCUUUUCAGCCUUGCUGGUUAACCCCUUCGAAACGUUCGCCUCGUGACGAGAAGAGGUUCCACGGCCCCGUCCUAGUGACCGCGUCUAACGUCAAGGGUAUACUCCGGGAUGCUUAUAUGAAACAGGUGGAGUUAGGGAUUGGGCGCGCGUUGAAGGUUGCAGAGGGUCGUGAUACUAGCGGGACGUACCAUGGCCGGUCGACCCGUGCGCCUAGUGGGUCGAGUGAACGAUCCGACCACCCUCGUACUCGGAGUCGCUCACGGCACAGCGCGAGUUCGGAUACCGAAGCGCAGGACGGCGAAGCUCCUGGAGCGGGUACCAGCGAAUCCGAAGGACUCGGCGAUUAUCCUCCCGCGAGCGUGUUCGAAGGCUCGUCUGAUGGAGCCAGCGGCUCCGGCACAGAAGACGACGAGAACGAAACGGACGACAAUUAG